AUGACCACUUUGUUGGUCAUCAGUGACUUGACCUACUCUUUUACAGCACACUUUGACAGUGUUGGUUUCUAUUAUUUUACAGCAGAGUGUUUGCUGUUUACCAUGAGGACCAGUGUUACCUCAUGCCUCUGGCUGAAUGUGUUCUACUACUGUCAGAUUGUUCCAGCUAAACAUCCUUUGCUCAUCUUGCUGAAAAAGAAUAUCAAACUUUUUGUUUAUUCUGCUUUAAUCCUUGACAAGUUCAUCUUUUUGUAUGGGAUUGCUGCUUCUGUUGUGCAUCACAUGAUAACUACACCAUACACAGCCACAUACCUACACAAGAAUGCAGUAAAACAUGCAGUUAAAGUUGAUUUUUGGUUACGAUUAAUUUAUUUCUUGUUCAGUCUUUGUGUGAUGUUGACAUCAAGCUGUGCGACUGUUCUCUACCUGCGGAGACACAUGAAGAACAUGGAGGAGAGCAGCAGAUCCUCUCCACAUCUUCACUCACAGAUGAGGGUGACCAUCACGGGAAUCGUACAGACUCUCCUUUACUUUCUCUGCUCAGUUUGGCUAAUAACUGAUGAUAUUGUUUAUCAUCUUUCUAGUGCAGAUUUUGACUCGAAAGCCUAUAUCAUUUGCACUGUUAUUACAUUGUACUCUUUUUGGACGAACAUUAACUUGGGUCUUGGCCAGUCAAUAUUCCCGGGAGCGGAUACUUCUCUUUUGGCCAAAACCUUUUGA